UUCUUCGCUCAGCUGGCUCUAUAUAAAUCGUAAAAGGGUACUGCCAUUUGCCCAAGCCUGUGCAAUUCCACGUAUAAAUAAAAGGCAGACGACGCAACAUGUCUUCCAUAUUAUCAGCCAUCUGGCCUUUCCUGUCUUCCUAUAGGCCUAAUGCUGCUCGGGAUCGUCAAGCUGAACGAGAGAAGCAACCCCUAAGAUUUGGUGCUUUUGAGGCUACUUACAAGCCCCCAGGCUUUGGGAUUCGUGGUCCAAGGAAUGACAAAGAAGCACAGCGGUUGUAUAAUCACAUCAGGACGGUGGCCUUUUGGCUAGAUGCUGCCCCACUUUUGGCUGAUCUUGGACUGCCUUUCCGAGCCGGUCUCGACGAUAUUAUAUCCUUGGUCCCAAUUUACGGUGAUAUCCUUUCUGGGAUCCUCCAGCUUUAUCAAGUGUGGUUGUGCUUCAUCUUUGGUGUCCCUCGAACACUUCUUGGGUACAUGCUUUUCAACGUAUUAAUCGACUGUGUCGUUGGUAUUGUACCUCUGAUCGGUGACUUUCUCGAUAACCUGUUCAAGUCCAAUCUCCGCAACUUGGCCCUUCUCGAGGACUGGCUCCUCACCUCUCCCACAGCUACGCGUUCAUAUCAUAUUCUUCUCAUGCCGAAUACGACCGACUUCAUGCCGAAACCGAAGACUUCCAAGUUUUCGUCUAGCUGGUUUGGCGGAGGACAUGGGAAAUCUGACGGGGACGAGGAGAGGGAAAGGGAAAGGACGACUGGAAAGGUCAGACAAACGAGGAGGAUGGGAAGAGAUGAAGGAGAAGUUCCACAUGCGCAAACAGAUGUGCCGCCUCCCACGCUGUAAAUUGUUAGUAAUCCUCUCUCGUUUAUUGUAUAUAGAUAGAUCCAAAUAUAAACAUCCAUGCUUGUUUUGAAUCCUGUGGCAUAUAGCUCCAUUCACGUGACAGUCGUCUUCUUCGGACAGAUAUCAGGCUAUGGAUGAGUGCAAUUUGACUUUCGUCCGUUUUUCGCGAGGUAAUAGCGAUGUUUCAUUUCUGGCUGAGAUGGGGGUAGGCUGUCAUAAUCGACACAAAGCGGACCUUCAUCUCCCGUUGUUACGUAGGUGUCACGGUAAAUGUUUUUGGUUACAACCAACCAUGCAAGAUUGUCCUUUUCGUCUUGUCCAAAAUCAUCAAACUAUGGACCUCGCUGGUAUGCCAGAACUGGCCUAUAGCUCUGUGUUUCCUGACAUGAAUCUUUUUCGGUGGACUAAUGAAAGUACGUUGGUCAUCUUGUUCUCCUAGGCUGAAUAGAUUUCCGCUCGUUGCGCUU